AUGAAGAAAGAUAUCAUAAUGAAUGACUUGGGAUUACUUUCUUACUACCUUGGAAUCAAAGUUUCACAAAAGAAGUGGGGAAUAUCUUUGCGAGAAACAGCUUAUGCAAAUAAGAUUUUGGAGCAAUUUGGGUUGCUAGAUUGCAACACGAAAACCUCACCAAUGGAACCUAAGUUGAAGGUUAAGAAGGAUGAAGAUUGUGAAAAAGUUGACCCAAACGAAUAUAGUCGAGUGGUAGGAAUUGCAAGUCGUUUCAUGGAGGAACCAACCACUUUGCAUUUCCAAGUUGUAAAACACAUCUUACGAUAUGUGAAAGGAACCAUUGAUUAUGGAGUCAACUAUAGAAGAGGUCAUGAAAUUGAAGAUUUUGUUGGUUUUACCGAUAGUGAUUUUGGAGGUGACCAUGUUGAUAGCAAGAGCACAAGUGGGAUAUUUUCUAUCUAG